UUCAAUAAAAAAAAUUCACUUAAUGGCGUCAAAAGCCAGAUGAUUCUGUUCAAAUUUUUUUCCCAACCGCAACUAACUUUAACACCCUAACCACUCCAGUCCUCUCUGUCACAGGCUCACUGCCUCCACCGCCUCUGUCCAAACGCAUGCAAGCUCUUCAUGCGUCCUUCCCUACACAUCAAAUACUCCCAGAUUUGAAGAAGUUUGCGGUGGCAAAGAAGACACGCGGCGGAGUUCGGUGACGAAGCCGGUAAAUCCAUUCCUCUCUGGCAAGAUCACAGACAUUCUCCUAAUAUCCUUUUCAAAGUAGAGCCCUUUGGAGUUUGGAAUCACCUCUAAGCCAAUAAAACCUAUGGGCAACUAACCCUACCCACCAUAACUAGUUGCUGGGUAAUCCAAGGCAUUCACUCCUAUGCGAGGUGAAGUGAGGAUGGCUACUGGCAGCCUAAAGAAUAUUCUGGCUACGGCUGUCACUAGAGGAGUGACCGAAGCAAGGGCAAGGAUAUUUGGGCACAUACUUAACCCAACAGGCCAGAGAUCACCCCACAAGCUGUUACGCAAGAAGCUCAUUGGUGAAAAGGUUGCCGAAUGGUACCCACAUGACAUCAUGAAAGAUGAUCCUCUAAUCAUGGCUCGUCGAGAACAAGAGCGCUUAUCCAAGCUUGAAAUGUUGAAGCGUCGUGGAAAGGGACCACCCAAGAAGGGCCAAGGAAAGCAAGCUGCCAAACGUAAAAAGAAUUGAUGUCUUGUGUUCUUGGAAUUAGAUUAUCUUUUGAACAAAAAGGCUGUUAGCCUGUGGAAUUCUUGUGACAACUUUCCAGGAUAUUUUCCUGACUUAUUUUUGCCUAAAAGAAGGUUUGAGGAAUCAAUGCAUUUGCUUUUGAGUUACUGCCCUUUA